GGAAAUGCGCAGCAGGCCAGGCAGCAUCCGGGGAGCAGGAGAAUCGACAUUUCGGGCAUGAGCCCUUCUUUGGGAAUGAAGAACCACCACCGGAAGAAGGAGCAGCACCCUGAAAGCUAGUGCUUCCAUUUAACCCUGUUGGACUAUAACCUGGUGUUGUGUGAUUUUUAACUUUAAACAAAAGAACGGGUGCAUUGUAGAUGUACUAACUGGCAUCUGAUUUCUAGCAUCCAUGCACGGUUUUGGUAUUGAUCUCCGAGCUGGGGUUUCCGGGUGCCCGGGGCACGCGAGCGCCUGCCCUAGUUACAUUUUGGAGGGAAGCUUUAGCAACAAAGUAACAAGUUUCCAUUGAUACAGACAGAGGAAGUUACAUUUGUCCCCGGGCUCGGGAAUGUGGAAGCUGCUGAGCUCCCGCUGUCUUCUGGCCGGAGUCUCCCUGGCCGCCGGCACUGGCCUGGGUCUCACCCUCGGGAUCCACCGGGAUCCAGUGGAUCGGCUGAGCGGCUUCCCGGUGAUCGCGGCCGAGAGCGGCCCCCCGGCGCUGUACCCGCCGGCGCCCGCCACCGAGAUAGUGAAGUUCGGCUUCCCCGCCGUGCCCCAGCUCCGGAGCCGGGAGUCCUACGUGUUGGCCUACGACCCCCGGACCAGGAACGCGGCCUGGGUGCUGGAGCAGCUGGAUGCCGGCCGCCUGCAGCACAAAGGCUCGGAGCGAGGCCGCUGCGAGUUCCGGGAGGACCCCUCGGUUCACGAGUACCACCGCGCCCGCAACAGCGACUUCAAGGGCAGCGGCUUCGACCGGGGUCACCUCGCCGCCGCCGCCAACCACCGCCACAGCCAGAAAUGCAUGGACGACACCUUCUACCUGAGCAACGUGGUGCCACAGAAUCCUAACUUAAAUCAAAACGUCUGGAACAACUUGGAGAAAUACUGUCGGAGCCUGACCAAGUACAACAAGAAUGUGUACAUCUGCACUGGACCCCUGUACCUGCCGAGGUUGGAACCGGAUGGGAAGGUUUACGUGAAGUAUGAGGUCAUAGGGAAGAAUCAUGUUGCAGUGCCAACACACAUUUUCAAAGUGGUGAUACUGGAGAAGCACAGCGGAGAAAUCGAAUUGCAGUCAUACGUGAUGCCCAAUCAGCCAGUGCAGGAGAACAUCCCCCUCGAACGCUUCCUGGUGCCAAUUGAAAGCAUCGAGCGGGCAUCGGGGGUGCUCUUUGUCAGUAAUAUUCUAAAAAGAACCAAUAAUCUAAAGACCAUAACUGCUGGUAGUAAGUAACAGCACUUUGAACUGUGACUUAGUUCUGAAUUGUUCAGGGGAAGAGUGUAAAUCUGUUGUUGCUCAGUGAGAUGCUCAAAAUUGUUUUUUCCUAAUUCCUUUGAAUGUUUUUCAGCAUUAAAUAUCCCCAUAGACAUAUGAUGUAAUAUAUGUGUGAUAUAUAUUACAUCCACCUUCGCUAAUUCACAUUCAUUUUUGAAUAAUUGAAUGCUUUUCAUUCCCAAUGUAUUAUGGGAAUGAACUAUUAUCAGAAUAUGUUAAGAUUUCUCCUUAAAGUAACUUCAGGCUAUCUUGCUGCAGCUUCGACAAAACAGAAAGCUCUGAUUUUUAAAAAAUUUGUAUGUGAGAUGUGGGUAUCAUUGGGAUAAGACUGGCUUUAGUUUUCAUCCCUCAUUAACAAGUUGGUGGGGGUUUACCUUGCCUGACUCCUGCAGUCAACACACGGUGUGUUUGCUGCUGUUUCCUACAACAAAGGCAAGUUCCAGAAUUUUGAUCAAGGAUGAGGAUGAGGAACCUAUUUUUUAAGUUAGGGUGAUGUGUGAUUGGAAAUGUCCCUGUCUUCAAGUUACUGGAGGUUGUAAAAGCCUUGGCAAGUGGAUGUGCACUAUCAGGACGUGAUGGCCAAAAGCAAAGGAUUUCAUCUGAAGGACGCAUGUCUUGCUAGUGCUACCUUCCCCGAAGUGGAGAAAAGUCUCAUCUGGCUCUCUGAUUCCAGUUUCAGAUCUUUGAUGCAACUGAAAUGAACUAUGUUCCACAGGAUCUUGAUUGAUGGUAUCAGCACAGCCUAUUUACUGUUAAUGUCUCAUUGCCUGGGUUUGAACUAUGAGACAAUUAUCACCAUCCACACCCACUCAGUAAGAAUGCAGUUCCUGUGGAUCAUGGGCAGGACACGAGUUUACAUCAGGUGUCUUGCUACAGUGCUACGUUUGGAGAAAAUACAUGUGACAAAUUCUCAAACUAACUUUUCUGUGGAAUGGGGACAUGAUAAUGUUUGUAACAAACUUCUAACUUAAUAUUGGUUCUGGGUAAGCCAAAUUGAAUUUGGCAAUAUUUUAAGAUUGUACUUAAGUAAUGCACUUUCUGUAUGUUAAUGGGGCAGGAUCAUAGGACACAGAAUUUAUGGUAAAAGAUCAAUGUAUCAUACAACUGAUGCGAUGUGUUGAACAAACCUAGAUUGCUGUUAAGUCUUUAAUCACUUAGAAUGGGGUUGCAGGCUUUGAUUGAUUAAUAUGUAAAUCCUGGAACUUCUUGGAUGAUCUCUCAGCUCAUCUGGUUCUUAUUUCCAAAGUAGGAAUUUUUAAAACGUUACAUAGACUGACUGCCGAUAGAUUGUGUGCAUUUUGAACAAAAUAGAAUGUAUCUGCAGAUUUGUUUAACCUGGUGUUGUGUGAUUUUUAAAUUUGUCUACCCCAGUCCAACACUGGAACCUCCACAUCAUGUGUAUUAAUGGUUUAUCCAUCAGACUCGAUCAAAAUUGAAACUUAGCAUAAUGUAUUAAAAACAAAAUAGUGGAAACACUCAACAGGUCUGGUAGUUUUUGUAGAGAGUUAUCAUUUCAGGUCAGUAAUCUUUCAUCAGAACAAUGAUCAGGUGUCAAACAAUAGAAGGAUUCAGAGGAUGGUCGAAAAGAUUGAUUUUGGAAGCUUUAAAUGAAAACAUGCAGAGCUAGCAACAAAGGGAACUUUGUAAUCCAUUAGUCAUUGAGUCUUCUUGCUGCUGGUCAACCUACUGAAGGUAAAUACACUGAAAUCUUGUUGAGAAAAAUAUUUUACGUUUUGAAAGUAUAUUUUACAAAAGAUUGUUAAUUAUGAUGUAAAAUCCCCAGCAUCAUUACUGUUUAUUUUAGUAUUUAUAAAAUAAACAAAGUUUAAUCAUAAA